AUGGAUCGUUACGGCCGCAGAAAGGUGAUCAGAUAUGUCUUGUCACUGCUUGUGCUUGUUCCUUUAUUACUGGAAACAACUUUGAUCAUCUACAUAUUUAUGAGCAGACAGUAUACACUUCAAAAACAAAGGACACUAGAUUGGCAUAGUGUUACGUCAGAGGUGAAACAUGACCAACCUGAGCAACAGAAAGUACCAACACAUCCGCCACUCAAAAGCAUACUCGACCGAAGGAAAGUAGAUAUGGAUUCAGAAUGUGGGACAAAGUCCAUUUAUCCAUUGUCAGAAAACCAUACACUUGUAUACAACAAAGCAUACAAUUUUAUCUAUUGUGAAGUGCCGAAAGUUGGGUCAACAUUUUGGAAAAGAUUUCUACAUCAAAUCAGAACAAACACGAUUGCUAGUCCAUUUGAUAUCAAACCCCAGAUAGUUAACGAUUUAAAAGUGAAUGACGAAUUCAAUAAUAUCAGUUCCACGCUAAAAAAUUCGACUAAAUUUUUAUUUGUCCGCAGUCCUUAUCAUCGUCUGUUUUCUGGAUACAUCGACAAAUUGUAUUCUCCUAAUCCAUAUUUCUGGUCGCUAAUUGGAAAACACAUUGUUAAGAAAUUCAGGAAUAGUUCUGUAUCUCAUAACUGUGGACAUGACGUCACAUUUCAGGAGUUUCUUCAAUAUGCAGUUCAUUCUGAAAAUACACACGAAAAUCAAAACAACCAUAUUAUGUCAUAUUGGCAGUUAUGUUCUCCCUGUCACGUGAAAUAUGACGUCAUUGGUAAGAUGGAAACCUUUAAGAACGAUACCGAAUACCUUCUGGACAAAUUGCACCUUAAACAAUACAAGGAUAUCUUGAGAAAUAUGUCCUUUGAUGCCGUGAAUGACGCCUUGUAUGAUACUGCGCAGGCGUACGUCGCCAUGAGGACAUAUUCUCGACGCUGUAUCUCUCCACAGGAAGCAGCAGAUAGGACAUGGACAAAAUUAAAAGUGAGGGGGUUCAUUGCCGAUGAUUUACCAGUUCCUACUGGACUUAAUCUAAAAAUGGUGAAUGAGGUGUUUGAAUUAUUCCAAAAUGGAUAUUUAAAAUCUGUUUCAAAACUGGGAAAUUCUGGAUUAAAGCACCAACAACGUAUAAUUUUUCAGCAAGCAUUUCGGAAAAUACCACGUCAGAUAAUUAAAGAUAUACAAAAGGCAUUUGAUAUGGAUUUUAGAAUAUUUGGUUAUGAUAAGCAAAUUGUGGAUACGAAUAACGAAGCCAUUUCUGAUAUAUUUAUCAAGAAUGUUAUGUUUUAA